GCGGCUGCGGAGGCGGCGAGCCCGUGCUCGCAGCCUCCUGGCGCUCGAGCGCGUGAGGCGCAUCCUGAGGCAUCACCACGGCGACGGCCACCUGGUGGUCAUGGGCACUAGCGACGGCGGCAAGGGCAGGUCGGAGGGGGGCGAGUACUGGCGCUGCUCGCAACCCGACUGCAGAUACGCAAAGAAUUUGGCGCAGUGGCGUUGGGGCAAGCACUGCGGCACGGAGCGCAAUGGUGGCUGGACCAAGCCGCCGUGGUCGCGGGACCGCGACCCUGGUCGGGGCGGCGCUGGAAAGCCUGGUGCUGCUGAUGUUGUGGUGCCUGAUCUCGGAGUGGGCGCCAUGCAGGCCUUGGUGGCGUUCGCCGAGAGUAAGGGUGACAAGCAUAUGGCCGACACGUACCGCGAGGCCAUUCGCAUCAAGUCCAAGCCUGAGGCCCCCACGGGCCUGUCCAAGGAGGAGCUGCGCAGCAUGGUCGCCAUGGCGGAGCGCACGGGGGACACGGCGACGGCGGCCAAGUACCAGCAGCUUCUGGACCAGGCCGACAAGGGGCAGGUCGACAAGAAGCCUGCUCAGCUCAGAGCCAACAAGGCUCAUGCCCGUGUUCGAAAGGCAAAGGGCAAGCUGGAUACCGAGAGUCAUCAGCUAUCCUCCUUGGUGCAGCAGAUGGACUCCCAGAAGGCUCGCGUCUCGGAGUUGGUGGUGGAGCUGGAGUCGGCCGAAAGCGAGUACAAAGCAGCAGUGGGAGAAGUGGCGGCGGGGGUCGGUGGCCAGCCCCCCGCGCGAGUGGAGCCACUCAAGCUCUCCUUGGCCAAGCUCAUGGACGGCGAGCUGGACAACAUCGACCUGGAGGGCGACGGGCUCUUCGGCUACGCCGAGUGCGAGGAGCUGGGGCCCGAGGCCUUGCAGGAGGCCGAGGAGCGACAGAAGCAGAUGCUCGAGUCGUUUAAGCACAUGGCUG